CUAGACACUAUUCCCAAGAUCAAAGGCUGUAGAAGUGAAGUUCAGAAUACUGGCACUCUGUAUGCAAUUGGCGGUCAGCCUGCAUGAGACAUGUGAUUUCAAUCCCAACGGGCAGCAACUGAUCAUCUCGCUGUCCUCGUCUCUUCCCCUUGAUCGUAGACAACACCCUCAAGAUACACCCUCAAUAUGGCACUCCGGGUCAUUGUUGUCGGCGCUGGAAUUGCCGGUCUCUGUGCAGCUGUUGCUCUCCGACAGGCCGGCCAUACUGUCACGAUUUUCGAAAAGUCCCAGUUUGCAACAGAAAUCGGAGCAGCACUGGCCGUGUCACCUAACGGAGCGCUUGUUUUGCAAAGUAUCGGCUUCGACUUUGCUCGAGCACGAGCAUGUCGUCGGAGAAGCUGGGAGGUGGUCGAUGGGACGACGCUCUCGCGGAUCGCGAUCCAGGUCAUGGAAGAAGAUGACAAUAAGAGUGUUGGGUUUUGGACCGUCCAUCGAGUUGACUUGCACCAGGAACUGCUACGACUAGCGCAGGAUGUAGACCCCGACAAAGAUGCCGGUUUCCCUACCCCUCCUCCUCCCGUUGAAAUCCGUCUGGCGUCUCCUGUGGUGGAUGUCGACCCCGUGGCCGGCUCAGUACGUCUGUCUGACGGCUCGGUGCAUGCGGCGGAUCUGGUCAUCGGGGCGGACGGGCUACACUCUGCCAUUCGGGCGUCAGUGAUCCCGCAUCUCAAGUCACCUGUCGUGACGGGGAUGAGUGCCUUUCGGUUUCUGCUACCGACAGAGGCGUUCGCUUCAAACCCGACGCUAGAGAGAUUCAUCGAGAGGACGAACCGCGGAUCCAUUCUCUUCGCGGACACGGUGGAUACCGUCAAUGAGCGCCAUCUGAUCUGGUACAGUUGUCGGGGAGGGGAGGUCCAGAAUUUUGCGGGGAUCCAUCCCACGCGACCAAAUACGUCUAACUCUGACUUCAAGUCGGACAUGAUCGAAGAGUUCGUCCAUUUCCACCCUUCCGUCAGAGAAGCAAUGAAUCUAGCCGAAGACGUCAAGUGCUGGCCCUUGUUGAUCCACGAACCUCUGCACACAUGGUGUUUCCAUAAAGUGCUUUUGAUCGGGGACGCCGCACAUGCAAUGCUCCCCUUUGGCGGACAAGGUGCAAACCAGGCCAUCGAAGAUGCUGGCGCUCUAGCAGCGCUGUUCAAGUCGAUCACCCCGGCAGGGAUUCCUGCUCGGCUCGCGCUUUUCGAAGAGGUAAGACGAAAGCGAGCCAGUAGAGUACAGGUUCUGUCCAGCGUCAGGGUAGGCCGGGAGGCUGAAGUUCAAGAGCAAUUGAAGGAGUUCAUGGAGCCAGGCAUGCCAGUGCCGAACACCUUUAGUUCUCGUCUUGACCAUGACUCUAAGUAUAAUGUUCUCGAGGAGUGUGUCAGGAAGUUGGCAUCGCUUGGGCAAAGCUACAUUAAAGUCUAGACACAUGAAGCUAUGCUUCAACUUGACAGUAUUCCAUGGCUGGUGUCAAUCUCUGCUAUGAGACUGAUCUCGGAGUAUCUCUCUCACUCGGGGUAAACUUGGUCUCUCUUGGAAAUACUAUUCAAGAAUGAUAUAUUGGCUUGUUGUACACCGUCCGGAUAUAUAUUCUAUAGAAAGACACUACAUAAUGGUAUUAACCAACAGCCUGUCUAUAACCAGUAUAGAUACGAUACACUGC